CUAUUUGCUUCCCCACUUGCUUUGUAGAAAAUAUGAAAGGCAAUAUGAACAAGGUGUUGAUUGCGCUAGUAACAUGGUUUUGCUGGACUGUGGUGUUUGGAUUGGCUAGAGUUUACCCGUUACAAACAAAUGGUAAUUCUGUCGCCAUAGCCAGCUUUACCAUUACUCGGUAUGGCGAAACAGAUAAAGCUGACUAUUUACAAUUCAUGGAAGAUAUACGAAGUAAAUUAGGUACUGGUACUCCAAGUCAUGGAAUUCCAGUAUUACCUGUCUCAGUUUCUAAAAAUCAAAAGUAUACUACAGUGGAACUUAUAAAUUCAGGGAACAAGAAAGUAACAAUAGGUUUAAAUGUGCUGGACCUUUAUGUGGUUGCUUACAAAUUAGAAAAUCAAAAUUCCUAUUUCUUCAACGAUCCAAAAUUCAAGGACGCAACCGACUAUCUUUUCAAAGAUACAAAACAAAACCCACUUAAAAUCAGUGGUAACUAUGAAUCCUUGAAAACCCAAGGAGGUGAUAGAGAGACAGUUUAUUUAGGGGUUGGGCAAUUAGACUCUUUCAUUUAUACACUCUACGAAUCGACAUUGCCAAAAGAUAUUGCUAAGCCUCUUGUUUGUAUUAUUCAAAUGGUUUCAGAAGCGACACGAUACAAAUAUAUUGAGAAUGAAGUGGUGAAACAUAUUAGCGACCGCUUUCUGCCAAAGGGCGACAUAAUCAGCCGUGAGAACAAAUGGCAGGACCUUUCUGAAGCAAUUCAAAAAUCUGUAGCAGAUGAAUUUACAAAACCAGUUCAAUUGCAAGCUCCAGAUUAUAAUGUGUACAAUGUGUACCGUGUCCAACAAGUGAAAGACGAUAUGGGACUCUUGCUCAACCAAGCCAAUUCCGGCGAGACUGAAGACAUUACUACCUAACUAAAAUCUGAAAUGGCUUGUACCACAUAUCUAGCUUGCUAUAAGAAUAGCUUAAAUAAAGGGCAUCAAUUAUUGUUGUCUACAAAUGCAGUAAAUAAAUGCUAAAAAGUAAACGGGGUUAGCUCAUUCCCUCUUCUUUCCUA